AUGAAGCAGAAACACUCGAAGGAAAAGGUGGAAGUGACAGAGAAGGAAGGUACCUUCUUUGUCCGUCCACUCUGGCCCCAAAAAUUUCAUUAUAUUCUGACCUUGGUGGGCUACUCUUUGAGGCCAACCCAGCUCUGGAACUUUGUCUACCUCUGGAUUCACAAAGGAGGCUGUAGCUUCUUCAUGAUCUAUAUCAUCAUUCUGGUCUUUGUUGGGAUUCCUCUCCUUUUCCUGGAGAUGGCAGUUGGCCAGAUGCUGCAGCAGGGUAGCCUGGAUUUGUGGAAGAUCAUUGGCCCCUGGGCUGGUGGAGUGGGGUACAUCAGCUUCAUGGUGUGCUUCAUCACCAGUACGUACACGAAUGUGUUCAAUUCUUGGAUCCUCUUCUACUUGAGCCACUUCUUCCAGUUCCCUGUUCCAUGGGAGAAAUGUCCCUUAUUGAAGAAUGCCAGUGACUUUGAUCCAGCCUGUGCACGGACGACACCCUCCAUCUACUUCUGGUACCAGCAGACCUUGAAGGCUUCAGACAGAAUUGAGGAUGGUGGGCCACCGGUCUUAAGUCUGAGCCUUCCCUUAUUUGUGUCCUGGUGUCUCAUUGGUGUUUUUAUCAUCAAUGGACUCCAGUCCAUUGGGAAGGUAAUGUAUGUCUUGGUAGUACUUCCCUAUUUCAUCCUCUUCUGUUUCCUUAUCCGGAGUCUACUGCUGGAAGGGGCAAUAUAUGGCCUUCAACAUUUGCUGGUUGCCAAGGUGUCAGCUUUGUACAACGUAAAUGUGUGGUCAAGAGCAGGGAGCCAAGUUGUGUUUCAGCUGGGCCUAGGCUUUGGCCCCAUUGUCUCCUUAGCCUCGCACAUGCCCCAGUCCAACAACUGUGUCAUGGAUACCUUCAUCAUGGCUGUGGUCAUCGUGGUCACCUUAUUGCUUUUUACAACUUUCAUCCUCUCAGUGCUGGGCUUCUGGGCUACGGUCCUCACAUACCGCUGCAAUGAGAAGAAUGUGGAAACACUCAUAAAGCUGAUAAACCUUGGGAAACUGCCUCGUGAUGCUUAUCCCCCUGCUGAUCUGCGGGAAAACCCAACCUCCAUCUAUAACACCUGGCUCAACAGCCUUCCCCAGGAUAUCAAGAACAUGGUCCUCAGCUACAUACCUGAAUGCAACAUACAGGAUCAGUUUUUGCAGAUUAAGGAUAGCCAAAGCUUUUCAUUCCUGAUCUUUGCUGAAUACACCUCAUUUCUUCCCUGGUCUUCCCUCUGGUCUCUCUUCUUCUUUCUGUUGUUGCUGUUCAAAGAGCUGGGCAUCAUGGUAGGAUUCAUGCAGGGCAUCAUUCUCCCACUCCAGGAUACCUUCUCUUCCCUCAGAAAACAUACAGCACUGCUCACAGUGGGUAUCAUUAUGCUCCUGUACCUGUGUGGCCUCUUCUUCACUCGACCUUCAGGCAUCUACUUCAUGAGACUGCUGAAUGAAUACUGGAUAGUCCUCCCCAUCUUCUUCAUCAUCAUAUGUGAAAACAUUACUGUAGCCUGGGCUUAUGGGGCCAAGAGGUUCCUUGCAGACAUGGCUGUCCUGUUGGACCGCCCCAUCUCCUCCAUCUGCAGUAGGCUGUGGUGCUAUGUGUCUCCAGUUGUGCUGCUAUUCUUGUUGGUGAUCAUCCUGGUUGACCUUAGUAUGAAGCCCAUGACCUACAUCGCCUGGGACUCAGUUGGUUCAAAAGAGGUGCUUCGACCAUACCCGUCAUGGGGACUAUUCUUGGUCAUCAUCCUUUUUCUCAUUGUCAUCCUCCCAGUCCCUGUGUACUUAGUAUACUGUCUCUGCAAUGGGAUGCCCUUCAAAUCCAAGAGUAAGAACAGGCUUAUGAUAUUCUCCAAAUCUCCACCCCUGAGUGACCAACCAGUGCUCCGUGAAAAGGUCCAAAAGGAGGAAAUUCCACAAGGUGAUAAAACAAAGUAG